AUGAUAAGUUUGGCAUUCUGUUCNUUCUCCUCUCUAGUCGGAUACCUCCAGCCAGAAAAUUUUCCCUUGGAGCUAGUGAAAGAAGCGCUGAAGGAAGAUCUAUCAUUACGUCUAGUUAUUUUUCAGAUUAUCAGAGUAGAAGGGGCUGUACUAGCGUGGUUUUUUCUUUGGCUAGUUUUGGCGUUUAGUUUUCCCUGUGCAAUCAUAACGAAAGUUUGUUGUGAGAAUACGAAUAUGAAACGAUUGGAAGACGGAUCAUCGAUUUUUUCAACCGACAGUAAGGACGAUUGUGGACGUUAUAUCGUUACGAUAUUUUACCACAUUUUACUGGCACUAUUUUUCUUAUUUGUAUCGCUUGUGUUGGCUAGUAACGAGAAAAUAUCAAGAACUGUCAUGAGAGCGCCUCAAGAAACAGUUCACUUACUCGAUGAUGUUGAAAAUUUCAUUAAAGACACCGAGAUGCAAUAUUCCUUUGUAAUAUCCUCGUCCUGGGAAGUAACAACUACAUCCAUAUUUGAACAUCUUUCAGAUGUAGACUACUACUUAGGGAAACCCCUCCAGGAUAAAUUGGACGAAGAAACACAUCUAAGAAGAUCCAUCGGGAAUCUUACCACCCUGCUUUCAGGAUCAGUGGAAGUUACUAACCGAGUUAAGGAGCUUGUAAUGGACUGUAACACAGCAAAAACGAUCAGAGUCGAACUACAAAGCGAACUUACUAACUUUCUCAAGGAACUCAAUAGUAUUAUCCGCAAAUGUACCAGGGAAGAUCAGAGUUUGUGUGACACACUUGCCCUGAACAAACUCGAAGUCGUUUUUAACACUGACGAGAUUCUGUCAGACGCUCGUCUGAAGCACUUGCAAGCUCUAGGCGAGGAAAGUAACUUCAAAAGGAAAGUCGAGGGUCUUCGACAGUCAUUCGAAAGCAUCCCCAAGCGAGUACGCUUAGACACGACAGCAUACAGAUCAGAAAUUGCAAAUGUUCUGCGUAGAAGGAAAAGUAUGGCGUACAAAUCGACCCAAGAUCUGGAAGACUUAUCGAAGAGUCUUCAAAAGAAAAUCAGCACGGCGGCCACGUACGCUACUGAAAUAGCGGAAACAGUGGCGGGGAAGGAUGUCUGGAGAUGGCUGACUAUUAUUGUCCUCUCAAUAGUCCUUUGUCUGAUAUGGUGCCUUUACGUGUGUGGAGCACCUUGCGGUUGUGGCCCAAGCAGACGAACCGUUAUCCUUUUAACUUGCGGUUUAACGUUGUCCUGUCUCUUGUCCUUAUUCCUUUGGGUGGCCGGCAGCCUCCUUUUCCUUUUAGGAGGACACGGCAGGACGAUGAUAUGUCACACGCUGUACGACGAGCAACAAUAUGAAGCCCUGGGGGACAUCCUGGACGCUGGCGGAUUGUUUUACAAAAGAAAAGGAUUUUUCAACAGUUUCCUUGAAAACGACAAGGACGAAAUUCACGCAGGGGAUGUCUUAAGAGGUUGCCAGAAAAACGAUACAGCGUACAGUACAUUUUCGUUAAAGGAUAUGCUUAACAUUGACAAAUUGGCAAACUACAAUCGUUGGCCUGAUUUAACACAGUACCUCAGAAAUAUUUCUGUGGAUUUGUCACGAAUGGAUUUUUUCCCUUCGUCUCUAGAAGAACAUUUGCAGGAACUACAAAUGGCAUCGACUGCUAAUUUAACUAGAUACAGGUCGAAAAUUUUUGAACCUAUUACAAACAAAGACUUGAACUCCUUCGUUGACCAACUUGUCAGCGUAAGUCGACAAAUUAGCGACGCCGCCACCAUCGAAAGCCUCCAAACUCUAACGUUCUCACUUAAACGAAUAAUUAGCGUCGAUUUGGAACCAUUACGGAAAAUGCAAGAUGGAAUUGUGUUCAAACUAACUGAACUGGAAGUGUUACUAGCACCGCUCAAAAUAAGCGUCAAUAAAUCUUUGUCCGACUUGAGAAAUGUUGAGGUUUUUGUAAAGGCUCAAGGUUCAAUAAUUUCCCAACAAACUUCAAAAAGUUAUACUGAUUCUUUGGAGAAUUUUCUCCAACAGAUGCACAACAACAUAAGAAUAAACAUAAUGGAAAAGUAUGGUAAAUGUGGACCUUUGUGGGAUAGAUACGAUGCUGUUAGAAUAACUUUGUGUCAAGCUAUAAUUGCUUCAUUGAACACUCUUAGCAUGUCCUGUUACUUCUUAAUCCUGAUUUUUAUCCUUUUUUCGCCUGUUGUCCUGAAAGUAAUCGCUUACUGCAAGAUUGACCUCGAUGAGAUAAACGGGUCAGUUUCAUACAGACAAAGGGGUAGCAGCUAUGCGAUGAGUGAACAUAGAACAUGGGGCAGUCCUGCAAGGAGUCGAAGCAGAGGGUCACCUGAAGAAGUCACUUCUGUACCUGUCCAACAAACUUUGUGGGCGUCACCGAGAGAGAGCGAUACAGUGCCUCGCCCUCCCAGACCACCAACUGCUCCUAAGAUGGACUCCCCUGACACUAUGCGAUUGGAAAUCCCCACAUUACCAAGAGUUAAACGAUCGCCUACAGGAAAAUCGCCCAGGGCCAGAUACGAUUCCCUGCGUCAAGUUGAGCCCACUUCUAGCAGACUGUCGCAGCUUUCAGCAUCUAAAAGAAGAUGGCUCUAAAGACUUAACGGACACUGCAUACACUAAUUAGAUCUGAACAGUUUUUAUUUUUAUUAUAAUAACUGCAAUUCAGAUGGUCACUUAAUUGAAUUCAUAUAUAGGUAACUUUUGCCCUUUGUUCUACUAACAUUAAUUAAACAAUUUAUCGUUCCGAACUGUCUGUACACGUAGGCAUCGAAAACGAGCUGCCGAAAAAUUGUAGUUAGGCAUCAUGAUGCAACUGGGUGACAAUGCACAUAUCUAACAACUAAUUAUUUCACCAUAUUAACAUUAGACUGUUUUAAAAGGAUGCAAAUUAUUUAAAUUUUGUCCUAUUGUAUACGUAUAAAAGACAGAACUUGACACUUUGUUUCAGUUUAACAUUUGAAGUCGUUCAAUAAUGGAAACUAAGAUCGUUUUCUUCAUAUUUACUUAUUUAGUAUCUUUCGUUCGAUCUAGUCAAAAUGUAGAGAAACUUCCGAAUACUUUUUCAACGAACUACCACUCUCCAGCCAACGAAGUUAGUUCUUCAUUUUAUUAUACACAGAAUCUUCAGUCUCAUAAUUCUCCACCAACAGAGAGCUACAGACGAUUGCAGCAGACCCAUAAUCCCAACAUUCUUGUCAAUCACCCCCAUGGAGCAGCUGAAAACGUUCCCUUUCUUCAAAUCCAUUAUCCUCCAUCUCCAGUGAAAGCACAUCCUCCUCAAUCUUCACUCAACUCCCUACCAGACCAAUAUUUACCACCUUUCAAAUUUAAUUCCCAACCCCUAACAGUCCAAUACUCACCAUCCUAUUUUGAAACAACUACCACGUCACCGAAACCUUCAAUCAACAGCUUCCUCUAUAAUCAAUAUUUACCAUCUGCUACACCGCCCUCAAAUCACUUCUUACCCUCGUCAAUUACUUAUCAACAACAUAUUACCCCUUCGAAUCAAAUCGGUACUGGAAAAAUUCAAAACCCGUUUCUCAUAUCGACCCCAUUCGGUCAACAUAACACAAAAGAAUACCGUGAAACUAACAGUAAUAAUUACUCAAAAAAUCGUAUCAUAUUGUUAUCGUUAUUAGAGAACCAAAAAAAUGAUCAACCAUCUCCGAAAUUUAUCAGUUCUGCAAGAUCGAAGUCAGAAGUUGCUUCAACCCCUACACCAUUGCAAUUCUCUCAAGCGGGAGGAGCUACGUCCCAUGUUGAAUUUAGUAGUGCAGAUGUUAAUUAUAAAUGGUAAUUAUUAUUAUUCUACUUUUGUAAAGAUUACGUUGUUUUUGUUUAUAACUAAUGGUUAAGAAACUCUACGAUUAAUCCGAACCGAUUGUUUUUAAUUAUGUAAAUAAUAAAAAUGUU